CUGUGGGAAAUGGUGUCUGCGGCCAUUGCUCUGGCCUUCGUGCCGUUGUUGCUCACACUGAUCAUCCGGUACCGGUUUUACUUCGUGCUGUUCUACCGGGCCGUGCUGCUCCGCUGGGUUCAGGAUUUUAUGACAGGCAUCAGCAGGGAGGAGAGAGUGUACGAGUAUGUCCUCACACACGGCACGCCAGGAGAUCCCAACAGCAUUCUUGACACCUUUGACCGCUGGUGCAACAAUGUCGAAUUCAUCAGCCAUAUAGGACCCAAAAAAGGUUUGAUUCUGGACCGUCUGCUGAAGGAGCUCUGUCCUCUAACGGUGUUGGAACUGGGGACUCACUGUGGCUACACCACGGUCAGAAUUGCUCGCUCGCUGCCUCUCGGUGCUCGGCUCUACUCGGUAGAGAUGGAUGAGAGAAACGCGCAUGUGGCCGAGAAGAUCAUCCGACUGGCCGGGUUUGACGACGACACGGUGGAGCUAAUUGUGAGACCGUCUGAUGAGGUGAUUCCUCGUUUGCGUGAAGAUUUUGGUAUUGAGCGCCUGGAUUUUGUGUUUAUGGAUCACUGGAAACGGUGUUACCUGCCGGAUCUGCAGGCUCUGGAGGACAGUGGGUUACUGGGCGAAGGCUCAGUGGUGUUGGCUGAUAACGUGGUGUUUCCCGGCGCUCCUAGCUUCCUGCGCUAUGUGCGUCGCUCUGGCCUCUAUGAACACCGUGUGCACCGAGCCGCACUCGAGUACAUCCGGGGAAUCCGUGAUGGCAUGGCGGAACUCGUGUACCGUGGCAUCAAAUAAAGGCUAUUUGGGAU